AGCAUGAGCGGUUGCAACGCCUCCCAGCGCCACCCCUCCGUCUUCCUUCUCCAAGGCGUCCCUGGGAUGGAGGACAGGCAGCGCUGGCUCUCCGUCCCCUUCAGUGCCAUGUACCUCGUCACCGUCGUCGGGAACUGCGCCAUCGUCUUCACCAUCUCCGCCGAGCGCUCCCUGCACAAGCCCAUGUUCCUGCUGCUGUGCAUGCUGGCCCUCACGGACCUGGGCAUGUCCACCAGCACCGUGCCCAAGGUGCUGGGCCUCUUCUGGUUUGGCCGGAGCGAGAUCAGCUACGGGGGCUGCCUGGCCCAGCUCUUCUUCAUCCACUCCAUCUCUGCCUUGCAGUCGGCCGUCCUCACGGCCAUGGCCUUUGACCGCUACGUGGCCAUCUGCGAGCCCCUGCGCUACGCCGCCCUCCUCUCCAACGGUCGCAUUGGGCUCAUUGGCCUGGCGAGUGUGGGGAGAGCCAUGCUGCUGAUUCUCCCCAUGCCCGUGCUCCUCCAGCACCUGCCCUUCCGCCCCGGACGCGUCAUCCCCGCCACCUACUGCGAGCACAUGGCAGUGGUGAAGGUGGUCUGUGUGGACACCACGGCCAACAGGGUGUACGGCCUGGCGGUGGCCCUGCUGGUUGCUGGGGGGGACGUCGCAGCCAUUGCCUCGUCCUACGUGCUGAUCGUCCGGGCCGUCCUGCGGCUCUCUUCCAAGGAAGCCCACCGAAAAGCGGUCCACACCUGCACCGCCCACGUCUCUGUCAUGCUGCUCUCUUACACCCCUUCACUGUUUUCAUUUCUCAGUCACCGCUUUGGCCGAGGAAUUCCACCUCACGUGCACAGCAUCCUUGGCAGCCUGUAUUUCCUUGUGCCUCCAAUGCUCAAUCCUAUCAUUUACGCCGUGAAAACCAAGGAGUUUCGGGACAAAUGGACAAAAUACGACUGCUGGAGAAAGGAACCCUUAAACAUUACCCAUGGAAAGACACCUGUGUGA